AAAAUUAGCAUUAUCAAAUAACCAAUGGUUUGCUGAUUAAUUUGAUAUCUCACUCAAGCCGAAAAUCCAAAGCAUAAGCAAGUUCUCGUGGAAAAUCUAUUUUUACACACCUGAACGCGAAGCCUAAAAAUACGAUUUUCCGGAUGUGACGUCACAUUAGUGACUCCAAGGUAAACAAAGAGCUUAGCCAUGCCGAAAGAAAAGAAAAGAACUGGCAAGUAUUGUGUGGCAGCCGGCUGUACAGCAACCAAUGCUGAUGAUAUUUCACUCCACGAAUUCCCGAAGGAAGUAAAACGUGAACUAAGACGAAAAUGGAUAAAUUUUGUUAAAACAAAGCGUCAAGACUUCACACAGCCCACGAGGUUUUCAGUUCUAUGUGAACGUCAUUUUGCACCAAAUUGUUACCCAGAGGAAUACAGAAUUAAACAGUCCCUAGGUAUUGUGAUUAAGAAGAAACGUCUGCUUCCUGAUGCCGUGCCUACCAUUCAUUUACAUAGUAGUAGUACACCGACGAACUCAGAUGCCCCAAUUCACGAUAGCAAAAUGGAUGUCACACACGUGCCCAACAAAGGUGAACCGGCGGCUGAAUCAACACCAUUCAGAGGAGCAUUUAGGAAAAGGGAAUAUUUACGGGUAUUUCAUAGGAUAACAUUUUAAUUUCAUUCUGGAUAAUAAAAUAUGUUCAUCUAAGAAUUAAUAAUUUAGCGAUGUAUGCAAACAAAAGACAAAGGACUUGGCAUAUAUUAUUAUAAAUUGCUGUUUUUAUUAUAAAUACUGGACAACCAUGAAAAACAGAAAGAGACAUGAGAAAAUAUAUAACGUGAAGGAUAAAUCAAACAAGGCAGCAUGCUCUGUAGGAGUACAGUGCACUAGGCGGAAACCCCAUCAAAGGUCCAAGAAAAUACAAACAAAAAUUAAACAAUGUGAGAAGGCUGUGCAGUGUGACUUUCCAAGCUAUAAACCAAAGGUUUGCAUCAUUGCAGUUCAGUGUAUUAGAUAUCUUGAGGAAUUGACAUAUAAUUUUAAACCACGCAGAGUGAUAAGUAUGAGCACGGAAGAGCAAGAUGAUCUUUCUGAUCCAUCCAGUGAGGAUGAAAACGAAGACAAAAACAAUGACACAGACUACUUUCCAGAGUCUGCUGAAGAAUUUCUUUCCUCUGAAAUUUCUUCAGAUGAUGAGUCUGACCUGUGAGUUAAAAUACUUAUCAGAUU